AUGAACUCGACUACCCCCACCAGCAAGCUGGUGAACUACCAGGGUGCUGAUUACAAUGUGAUCAAAGAGGGAUUGGCAUAUAUCCUCAACCCACCAGCCCAGGAAGCCGCCUCCAAGGGCACCAGGAGGGAUCUCGCAGCCGACGACGAGAGCCAAUCGGUCUUCUACAACCCCAUUCAGCAAUUCAAUCGCGACCUGAGUGUUCUCGCAAUCCGCGCAUUCAGCGAGCAUGCGAUGGAUGUGAAGAGACAAAAAGCGGAUCAGAAAUUGAAGAGACGCGCCGCAGGCAAUGGUACCAACAAGGGAAAGAAGCGCAAGCGCGAGGAUUCGUCCGACGACCAGGCACCUAACCCAUCGUCUACAGAAGGCGAAAAUGCAGCAAAGCCCGAGACUACCGAGCAAUCUGUGCCCGCGCCGAUCGAGACGUCCGAGGCACAGCCCGAUUCGACCUACACGCCCUCGUUUACAGUCCUCGACGCCCUCUCUGCGACGGGUCUGCGCGCCCUGCGAUAUGCCUCUGAAUUGCCAGCUGUGUCUAAGGUGGUGGGAAACGAUCUAUCAGAAUCUGCCAUCAAGUCAAUGAAGACGAAUAUCGAGUACAACAAGCUCCAGGACCGUAUUACGCCGAACCUGGGCGAUGCGCGCGCCUACAUGUACGGCACCAGCAGUGAUCCAUCCCGCAAAUUCGAUGUGAUCGACCUGGAUCCUUACGGAACCGCGGCUCCCUUCCUGGAUGCAGCCAUUCAGGGAGUCAAGGAUGGUGGUCUGCUCUGUGUCACCUGUACCGAUGCGGGUGUCUGGGCCUCGACCGGUUACGCCGAGAAGGCGUUUUCCCUCUACGGUGGCACUCCGAUCAAGGGCUUGCACUCUCAUGAAGGUGGCUUGCGCCUCAUCUUAAACAGUCUGGCCAUGUCCGCUGCCAAGUACGGAAUUGCAAUUGAGCCUCUGCUUUCGCUCUCGAUCGAUUUCUACGCCCGUGUGUUUGUGCGCGUGUCUCGUUCCCCCGCACAAGUCAAGUUCACUGCUAGCAACUCCAUGGUUGUGUAUAAUUGUGAUUCUGGAUGCGGUGCAUGGACUAUCCAGCCACUCGCUGCGUCUAAAGAGAAGCUUAAUCGCCAAGGAAACCCUCUGUACCACUAUAAGUUGGCUCAGGGCCCGACGGCUAAUACUUACUGUGAGCACUGCGGCUUCAAAACACAUCUUGCGGGUCCAAUGUGGGCUGGCCCGCUUCAUAACCCCCACUUCAUCCAGCGAAUUCUGGAUAUACUUCCAAAGCUGGACCCGGAGAUAUAUCAAACUAUUCCUCGUAUUGAGGGGAUGCUUACCACCGCGAUGGAAGAGGACUUGGACCUGAGUCCCUCGUUCAGCAAGUCCGUUGCCCAACAGCAGCAAGCAAAGUCCGACACUGAUGCUGCCGAGUCUAUCGCCAGAGAGCAAAAUGACUACCCCGCUAUUAUUCCACGCAUGAACCCGGCCCUCCAGGAAUCGCACCCCUUCUAUUUCUCCCUGAGCGCACUUGCAAAGGUCCUCCACUGCUCAACCGUUGGACUGGACGAGUUCCGCGGUGCUCUUCGCUCUGUCGGGUAUCGCUCUACCCGUAGCCACGCCAAACCAAAUUCUAUUCGAACCGACGCCCCCUGGAGCGUUGUCUGGGAAAUCAUGCGCGAAUGGGUCCGCCAACACUCUCCCGUGAAAGCGACAUCCUUGAAGCCCGGUACCGCCGGCGCCGCUAUCAUGGCUAAGAGCCGUGACAACCUACGCAAGGGUAGCAGUGAAGAUCCUUGGCUAUCACAGCUGAAGAGUGAGCUUCUUGCCGCUGUUGAGUCUGGAAAAGACAUUAGCGACUUGGUCACCAAGGUCGAGGCCUCUCUGUACAGAUCCGGGUCUCGGCAGUCCUUUGUGACCCAAGCCCAACCAGCCGAUGUGCAGGAGAAGCCUACCAGCGAUGGACCAGCAGAGCAGGCACACCCCAGCACGCUGGAGGUGAAGUUUGAUGCCGCCCUCGGCCGAGAGGCAUCGGCUGCGCAUUCGACGAAGCGCCUGGUGCGAUAUCAGCUCAACCCCCGUGCGAACUGGGGGCCCCUGAAUCGGGCGGCGAUAAACUCGAAGUGA